GGCCUCCCAAUCAUUGGAACUCGGCCGCCGUCCCAUCAUCCGCAGUCCCGUCCCGAGCCCCGUGUCCCUGUCCCUGACCCUGUCCGUGUGCGUGUCCCAUCUCUUCUCCCGCUCGCCUUCUCUCCUCCGCCUCUUCUUUGUCGUCUUCUGGCCAUCCGCCGGUCUGACUUUCUCUCGGUCUUUCUUCGACGACCGUGGGCGCGUGGCGCGGGAGACGAACGUUUAGGCGCUGCCGAAUUUCGAGCGCUCGAGCGAUGGAACGCCCGGCGGGACGCGAGGCGGAGGGAGCGAAUUAGUGGCCGGCGAGGCCGGAAGCCGAGAUCUGGCUAGAGCGGAACGUUGUCGAGGAAGUGCUGAGCUGAUCGAGGAAUUUACACAGCGAUGGAGAUUGCGAGUAUACCAGUGGGAAGGGUUGCGAGGGGUGGUUCGCAAAGUGGUGCAUCCUGCAAAGCGAACGGUGAAUGCUGUCGUGGAAUGAUGAGAUUUCGGAGACUCUUCUUCUUUGUCUCAUGCUCCCUGCUGUUGACGGUUGUCUUCAUGGCUGUCGACCAAUUCUCUCAUCUACCGAGGUUUUCUAGCAGCGACGGAGCGGCCUACAAGCAGAGCUAUAAACAAAGUUACAAUCACGGAGCCAACCGAGGCCCACAUCUGGGUCAGAAGCCACGCUCCAUGUAUGGAGACAGUCAGUCGAGAUCGAGAAAGCUUCUGGGGCAAGUUCCAGCAAGUUUCUCACGCGACUUCAGUGUUCCAGUGCUACCUGCGAUCGAGCAAGAGGCUGUACAGGCGGUCCCUCUCACUUGACUGCAGAGGAGCUUGGCUCGUACAGAAAUUAGUAUCAUGAGGUACCCGCAAACCUUAGUGUAUAGAAGUCAAUACAGCAUAAACAAUUCGCCGAUGCGAAAGCGAGGGCGUGUAUCUUUAGAAGUCGAAUGAGAUCGAAGCUAUGCUUCUUCGACAGGAGAGGCAGCGACUGUGGAAAGAGAUGAGCUCAAUUGCAGCUGCUAGGGAGCGCCAUUGCAAAGGCUGGCCCAUUGUAGCUCCAACAUGGACUCUCUCCGGUGUUAUCAGGGGAAACAGGGCUUGACGUCUCAGGAUUAGCUAUGGAGGUUCGCCGGAAGGCUCUUCAGGCGUUGCUCGAGAAAAAUCCCAGGGUCGUUCACCCAAUUCCCGAUGAUUCCACUUCGCGGAUGUUAGUUAGUUGCACUUUUAGGUAGAAAAGAUUUCUCGUCGGCCAUUCGUGCCGCCGAUACAAUCAUCGCCUGUCUGUAUUACACCGUCUGGGGUAACGAAAUCAGUAUAAUAUGACUUGAGUUCAUUACU